GAUGCAGUGCUUCGGUACACUCUUUUUACCUUUCACUUGUACACUGUUGUUAAUUCAUAAAAUUUCUGGAGCGAUUUUGCGGAAUGACGAAUGGAGAGAAGAAGCCGAUUUGAAUAUUGGUAUUCUCUAUUCAGUUUAUGAUUCAGUAAAUGGUCAUUGUACUAAAGAAAUAUUGUCUGGUGGAGCUCUAAGUUCAGAAUUAGUAAAAUAUAGAGUUCGAGAGAUAAAUCAAAACCCAAAUAUAUUACCAAAUAUAACACUUGGAUUUAUAUACUUAGACACUUGUGGUGGAAUAAAUACACCUGCUGAAAGAUUCCUUAAGUUUGUCCCUGAUAGUUGUUCUAAUUCAUCGACUUCAUCUACAUCUAACCAAGUUGUUGGUAUAGUUGGGCCGUUUUCGUCCGAUCAGUCCAUUCCUACUGCUGGUCUUGCCUCUCAAUAUAAAAUACCUAUUGUAUCUCCAUUUGCAACAUCAGAAGAAUUAUCCGACAAACGCCGCUUUGAAUAUUUUUCACGUUUGGUUCCACCCGAUUCAUUCGUCACUCAGGCAAUGACUCAUUUAUUAGAAGAUUACGGAUGGACAUAUGUUCAACUACUUUAUUCGGAAGGGUCUUAUGCCGAAAAUGCGGCUAAAAGCAUUGAGAAAAAUGCAAAAAAGAGAAAAAUUUGCAUUGGUCAUUCACACAGAUUUUCUGGAGAUAAUCCAGAUGAGUAUAAAAAAGUAGCUAGAAAAGUAGUAAAAUACAAACUAGCCAGAAUAUUGAUUGUCAUUCUCCUUUACAACGAUAGAAUUCCAUUUUUAAGCGAAUUAAAUCAAAUCGUUACUAACGAAAAAUUUAUCUUUCUCUCAGCAGACGAUUAUUUUAGACACGAAGGCUUUGAACACUUGCAAGAUGGAAGUUUUAAUUUUGUUUACAGUUUGGGUAGAGAUGAAAAAUUUAACGACUAUUUGUUAUCGCUUAAACCAUCUGAAGCAAAACAUAAUUGGAUUAGAGAGUUGUGGGAGAAUUUAGGUCACUGUAAAUUUUAUAAAAAUUGCUCUCUUUAUUCAAAUCUAUCAGAAACUGGAUAUAAUAACAAUAAUGAAUUAAGUUACAUAAUGAAAUUAGGAGACGGUAUUGAGCUUUUUUCCAGAGCAUUAAAUGAUCUAAUUACUUCAAAUUGUCCUGGAGCAUUUUUCAAUAAAAGCCUAUUAGAGGAAUUUCAAGCCUCUUCUGGUGUACAUUAUAAAUUCAAUGACAGAGGAGAUUUGUUAGGGGAAUAUGAGCUGGUUCACUACAAAUGGAAUAACAAAUCAUGGACAGAGGAGAAUAUUGGAUCUUGGAAAAAAGAUGGUGAUAUUCUUACUAUAAAUACACAUUUCAACAUUGAAUCUGUAUGUAGUAAACCCUGUCUUCAAACACAAAUAAGAGUACAACAGGAACUUCAUUGCUGUUGGCUAUGUAAAGAAUGUCGUGAAAAUGAAAUUUUGGUUAAGAAUGCUACAGAAUGCUUAAAAUGUCCUACUUUCUUUUGGCCAGAUCAAGAAACUAAAACGAAAUGUAAUGAAAUAAACGAUGAUUACGUUGAAUGGUCCGAUUCACUAUCAAUUCUUCUAAUUAUUCUUUCUGGAAUUGGAGUCAGUAUGAAUAUCUUUGUGGUUAUUAUGUACAGAGUAUACAAGGAGGAGAAAAUCAUUAAAGCAUCUUCAAGAUUUCUAUCAGGCAUUAUACUCUUCGGAUGUAGUUUGGGUUACGUAACGGUUCUUUUCUUUAUUACUAAGCCAUCAAUUGUUACCUGCGUCAUCAACCGCAUCGGUUUCCAUAUGACCAUUUGUACAAUAUACUCACCUUUGUUUGUGAAGACAUUGAGAGUAUAUAGAAUAUUUAAGGCUGGUUCAAAGGGAAACAAACGACCUUCAUUCUUUGAUCAUUUGGAAACCCGACUUGGAUAG